CGCGCACACUCUCGUGUUGUCCUCGCGCGCUCCUGUGCGCUGCGGCGGUACGAAGCGGGUGAGCAGCGCGCGCUGAGCGCUCAGUAUGGCGUUGCUCUGCUGAAGGACUGAUCGCUGAACACACACACUGCGCGCGGAGCGAGGAUGAAGACGAGGAUGAGGAUGAGGAGGGCGCUGUGCUCCUGCGCGCUCGUGCUGCUGCUGCUGACCGGCUGUGUGUGGAGCGGAGCGGCGCAGUACUCCACUGACCAGUGCAGCUGGAGGGGGAGUGGUCUAACUCAUCAGUCUCACGUGCGGGAUGUGGAGCAGGUGUAUCUGCGCUGUUCUGAAGGCUCUCUGGAGUGGCUCUACCCCACCGGAGCAGUCAUAGUCAACAUGAGGCCCAACACGGACCCCCUGCUGACCCCAAAACACGCACAGACGGUGUGCCUGCGGCCGCGGCCCGGCUCCAGCGGCGCCUCCGUUUACCUGUGGCGAGACGGUGAGCUGACGCUGCUGCUGAGCGAAGAAGAUCAGGCGGCCGGACGACAGCGCUGCUUUUCCCUCCAGCAGCAGAGGGCGCUGUUUAUAGAGGCUACAGCACAUACCGACAUCAGCAAGAGGGUCACCGCCUUCCAGUAUCAGCUGAUCAACGGAGAGACUGGAGACCAACCGUAUUCACCCACAGCUCCAUGCAGACCCUGCACUGAUGAACAGAUUCUCAUGGCCGUCUGCACCAGCGACUUUGUGGUGAGGGGCAGCAUCCAGGCCAUAGAACAAGCUGGUGAUGAUGAAGAUCGGGCGUCGUUGGUGGUGUUGUCCAGUCGCGUGUACCGUCAGAAGAAGCGUGUGUUCAUACCGGCAGGCGGUGGGACCCGCGGGAGCAGCCGAUGGACAGGUCACGUGAAUGUUCCGCGGAAGUGCGGACUGAGGAUCGAACAGGGGGCGGAGUUUCUGUUCACUGGGUCAGUGAUGUUUGGGGAGGCGUGGCUUGGCUGUGCUCCAAGAUAUAAAGACUUCCUUCAGGUGUACCGCUCCGCCAUGUUGGCAGGAAGCAACCCCUGCCAUAUAGACACGGACUGACCACGCCCACCUUAACUGGACCAUGCACGGUGCGGACACAGGCUCAGAACAAACCUCUGAGGGUUUCAUAGAGGAGGACUUUGCUGCCUUGAGAAAACCUCAUAACUUUGUUUGGUUUUUGUAUAUUUUUUGCAGCAUUUGAAAAUUUCAGCUGAGACGAAAAUCUCGUAAAUCCAUUUCUUUCCUUUUCUCGUUUAUUCAUACACCUGAUCAGAUCAGUAGACAUUUUGAGUGAAAGCGAAACUUUAAAUGUAACUUCCUACAGAUGCUAAGAAAGCUUUUCCUUCUAUUAGGUUAGUAAAAGACACAGUGUUUUCUUAAGAAGAUUUCUCAACCAUUGUUGAUCAGCCAAGAUAUCGAAUAGAAUUCAGAACCUUUAGCCAACUCUGUUUGCACACAGAGGAAUUAGACCUCCGCAUUUAACCCAUCCAUGCAGUGAAACACCCACAUACAUGCACACUAGGGGGCAGUGAGCACACUUGCCCAGAGUGGUGGGCAGCCCUAUCCACGGCGCCCGGGGAGCAGUUGGGGGUGAGGUGUCUUGCUCAAGGGCCCUUCAGUCACGUACUGUUGGCUGAGGGGAUCGAACCAGCAACCUUCCGAUCACAAGGCUGGUUCUGUAACCUCCAGCUCACGACUGGCCCCAGCUAUAAAAUAUCCAUCUAUAAAAUGAAAAAAAAAAUCGGGCUUAAAGAUGGCUGCUACUGUUUUUAGCUACGCUAAUAUACUUUAGUCCAUGUUUGUAGAUAACAAUGUGCCAUUAGAAAUCACAGGAUUACACGUGCAGUUAGCACCAAUUGGUGUACAUAAGGUUUCAUUACCUAUUAGCUGCAUUAGCCUCAUAGCUCUAGCGCCGAACAAAUUUCAGACACUUUGUCCAGCUUAUUGUGAAGUCAUGUUUUGUAAAAAAAAAAAAAAAUGAAGACAAAUAGAAUGCAGUCAAAGACUUAUGGAUGGGAAAAUUAGUUCCUGAGAAGCUGAUUGGAUGAUGUUUACGUUUGAUUGACAGCUGUUGGACAUUGUUCUAAGGCCUUUCCCCUUGAUUGUGCAGGGAGUCGUUUUGUUUGCUGCUUGUUUGAACGGCAUGCUCUGUUGGGCCAUUUCUGUUAUGGCCUGACUCUGUCGUAGCCCAUGAGGCAGUGUGUCUUCCACAUGUGUAUAGUAGGGCUGUCAGUUCCAUCUGUCUUCUCACCAACCACCAGGGCAAAAAUGAUACAAUGUAAUAAUUUCUACACUGAUAAAUAUUGGGCACAGUGUGAGAGUUUUAUUAUGAUAUUGCUCUAUAAACUGCCUGUCAAAAGUUUCCAGAUAAACCUUAAGAACAUUGCAUUUUCAGUGAAGUGAUUUGGGCAUAUAGAACUCCAUCUUUAUUAACAACGAUGGGCUUCAUUCGCCAACCGUUCUUAAGAAGAAAUUUCUUCUUAAAACCCACUUACGCAGUUUUCACGAAGAUCCUGACAUUCACCAGCUUUUUCUUAUUUGGGAUUUGUUCUUAGGUAAGAACAGAAUCUACUCACACUCAAAAGCACAAAGGUGUGAACAGUUCUGCGGUUUAAGAACACGUCAUGAAUCUGACGUGGACUUUUUCUUAGAAUUUUUCUCAAGAAUAAAUUUAAGAAAAAGUGUAAGAUAUUGGUGAACGAGGACCAAUGAAUGGUCAAGUGAUUACUGGCUUGGCAGCCCUAGUGUACAGGAGAGAGCAGUCAGCAGUGCUUUUGUUGGAAAGCUUUGUGUAUAGUUAGAGCAGUCGAUUUUUCUGACUGACAUUGAGUUUUUUGGUGUGUAUAUAUGUUUGUGUUAAUGUGCAUGUACAAUUUUUUCCCUCUCAAAUUGUAUUAUUUAACCAGGAAUAAAACACCCCUGGAAAUAUCUUGGCGGGUAUGUAAAAUGA